CCUGGAAUUUUUCUCUGUGCACGCGCGCACACACUCACGCGCUCACAGUAGUAUCAGCGGGGCCUUCACACAUCAAACAUCAACUCAACAAACAUGUCCGCCCCGGGUGCAGAUGGCUCUGGUUCUGCAGGGAGUAACCGCAGGCUGCAGCAGACGCAGGCACAGGUGGAUGAGGUGGUGGACAUCAUGAGGGUGAAUGUCGAUAAGGUCCUGGAACGAGACCAGAAGCUUUCUGACCUGGACGAUCGUGCCGAUGCCCUGCAGGCCGGUGCUUCCCAGUUUGAGACCAGCGCCGCCAAGCUCAAGAGGAAGUACUGGUGGAAGAACUGCAAGAUGUGGGCCAUUUUGAUAGCCGUGCUUGUGAUCAUCAUUAUCAUCAUUGUUAUCUGGACACAGUCAUCAUAAUGACGCAAUACAGAGAAGAAAACUGGUUAUGAUUGGAGGAGAAGAUUAGGAUAUGAAGGAGUAUCAACUUCAGAAAGAAGAAAGAGAGGGGGAAUGAAUGAAUGAAUGCUCUUCCAAUGAGUUCUAACCUGCUGAUUUUCAAAAGCAUAUCUUGUAAACUAUCCUCAAUGUUUUUUGGGUUUUUUUUUUUUCUUCUUCUUUUAGGUUUUGUUUUUAAUGACUAGGAUUUGAAUAAGUUCCAAAAUGCCUAACGAUUUCCAAAUAUAUCUAACACACUCCUCUGUGCAAACCGCAGAAUGAUGACUGACUCUAGGUGGUGUACAAGUUACAAUAUGAUCCAAAACCACAAAAGUCCUACUUUCAUUUGGAGGCCAAAACGUGUUGACCAAAAACCAGGCAAAACUCUUGUUGUGAAAGCCAUUUGCCAACAUCUGAUCUCAUUGAUGAAUCCCUCAUGGACUAUUUUAGUGGACGGCCGUAAUCAGACACUUAGUUUUGGCCGUGUCAGAGUCUUUCUGUGCCAACAAGACAUAAGAGCCUUUCCUGAACAACCACAGACGUGCCAUCAGUGCCUGUAGACAAACUCCACUGCUAUCCUGUAACAACAGAACUUCACUCUGAUUUUACUCAGAAUAUCUGCACAAAAAUGCUAUAUAUAAGUUUGAGAUAUUAUUGAAUGAUUAAAGUGAUUAUUCACUAAUAAUUUAACUGCAUUUGUAUUGCCUUAUGUAGAAGUAGUUUGCUUGGAAAUAUCUUUGCUUAAUCACAUUUCAGUAGUAUUGAUUUUUGGUGUUUUCUUCACCUCUUGCUCAUGGUGCCAAAACAUUUUAUGUUUGUUAAUCUGAGCUUUUUUUUUGUAUGUAUCUCUUUGUAUGUCUCACGUGUGUAUAAAUUGUAAACAAGUGCAAUUCUAUACUGUGGCCUUACAAACUUAAGUGUAUUGAAUUGCCCACGUUGGCUCAAUAAAACACAGAUUUAACAUCC